AAGGUUAUAAAUACGCUCUUCCCUUAACAAAAAGGGACAAUACCGCAGAUCCAUGUCAAAACCAUUCAAUCACCACUUUUUCUUUUUUUUUUCUUUUUUUUUUACAGUUCUCCGCACGUAUGAAUCGUAGUUCUUUUCCUAUUACCACCCAUGGUAUUGACAUGUCUCAUCAUAUUCGGUGAACCCUAACCCAAAAGAACAGAAAACCUGGUAGUUGUCAACGUUAAUUUUUCAUCUUAUACGACGAGAUGAACACUAAUCUUGUUUUUGCUUUCCUAGUAAUUGAAACAGCAAAUUGUUACCCCCGUGAAUGGGUUGGGUCGAGUUGGGCUCUUAAAUUCGUUAUUUCAACGAAUAAGUAUAAAAGGUAAAUGCUCCUCUGAAUGGACGUCUCUACUUUCUAUAGUCUCAGCGUCUCCACUCUCAGGAGAUAAAUAAUAAUAAAUAAAAAUCAUCCAUUGGGGUUUGAGGAUAGAUAAUAACAUGAAGAUAGUAGCAACUGCGAGCAACAAUGGAUGGAGAUGGAGCUUUCUAUUUCCACACUUGAGUAGCAGCAGCAGGUUCAUUCUCAGGAAAGCCACUCUUCCACUCCCCAUCAAACUCAGGCUACACCCUUUUAAAGCCAACAAUAAUAUCGUGGCUUCCUCUAAUGCAAAGCAAGCAAAUUUGUUUGCUUCAAGGACCCAAAGGGUUAAGCUUCCGGUUUAUGAUGACACUUUCAAAGACAAGGGCGAUGGCGGCCAACCUUAUCAUAUCAGUCAAUUUUUAAGCCACCCAUCUGGGAUCCAAGCUAUACUAAACACUAGAGCCUUAGAAAAUUUUGAGCUUCUUGACACCAAUGCGUACAGGUGCACACUUCCAAAACUUGCGCUCUUCAACUUUGAAGCAAGUCCUGUACUUGACUUGCGAGUGAUCCCCACAAAAGAAGACUGCAUUGUUGAGUUAUUUUCUUGCAAGUUCAAGGGUUCAGAAGUUGUGGAACGCCAAAAUGACCAUUUUUCAGGCAAGAUUUUGAAGGUCGUCCCUGACUUGCUAUCUGCUUGGUUAUGGGUUCAAACCCUUGAAACAGCCUCUAUGAACAGGGGAAGGCAGCAUACAUUAGACCUGCCCCUGUUUAUAGCCAAGAUCCUUGUGCACUGGAUUUACACGCGACCUUUUAUUUUACUGCCAACUUCAGCCGUUGAGGGUCCGGGAAAUAUAAUGAUACAAGCUCUACUGGAUAGACUUGUUCCUUUGCUUCUUCAGCAGCUAGUGCAAGAUUACAGCAACUGGGUUCAACUCCAAAAGCAGCUGAUAAAUUAGCUUCUUUGUUCAUAUCAGCUGGCAAACUAGCAAAGGCAAAGCCGAGUAAGGGAUAGAACAUAGUUAGACCCAGCAAGAAGCUUUCCAUAUGGGCUUGGGGUGACUCUAAAAUUAAAAAUAAAUAAGAUGCUCACAUUUGUUGUAUUAAAAUGAUAAUUUCUGUAUACUAACUCAACCUAAUCUUAUGUCGCUGUAUUGGUUAUUCAUUGUCAAUAUUUUAACUACCUGUUUGUAUGCAUUGUUAGGAUUGUAAUUGAAAUGCCCUUUUGCUCAA